AUGGCUAAACGCUUUGCCGUCCUUCUUCUAGUGGUCCUGGGCGCUGUGCUAAGUUGCGCACUUGCGGACGAUACCCCUGCGGUUCCAGCGGUCGAGGAUGCCAAAACGGAGGAGACGCCGCCCGGUGUGACUGUCUUCGAAGACAAGGAGCCCGUGCCGACGAACAAGGAGCAGUUUGAGCAGUUUGUUGGCGGUGGCGGCGGUGGCGGUGGCGGCGGCUUUAUCCCAACGGGAGGAAUCACGUACCGUUGGCGCUACACGUAUCCGUUCGCGGGAGGCUUCCGAUACGGCUGGCGCUAUCCGAUCACUUACUGGAAGUCGUUUGGACAGUCGAUCUACGGCUCGGGCUGCCACUUCCGUCGUCCGUUUGGCAGCUGGUACUACUGUUAA